CCCAGGGCCAUUUAAGAAGCAAGAAAUUUUCUUUUUGUCAACCUUGACUUCUCUUUGGAUAUGGAGAAAGCAAAAGGCAAAAAGAACGCCACGAAGUCGGGGGAGCACUCUCUGGCUGGCCUAUCCGAACCAGCAUCAGAAGAAGCCAGAGAGAAGGAGCAGGCUUCCGGUGAACCCAAGUCGCAAAAAACCUCCGCCAGCGGGACCAAACGAAAAAGAUCGAUGGAAGAAGACAAAGAAAAGAAGGAAGAAGGCAGUGGAAAAGUAAGACUUCGGAAGAAAAUCCCAGUUCCUCCAUUACCUUCGAAAUUGCCACCCGCCAACAUGCUUCACCGGGACGUCCUGCGGGCCUGGUGCCAGCAACUAAAGCUGAGCACCAAAGGCCAGAAACUGGAUGUAUAUAAGAGAAUCUGCGAAUAUGCUUACCCUGAUCAACAGAAGAACAUUCCUGUCACCGCAGAGGAGGCCAAGAUUCUCUCACAGUCACAAAGAAGAUCAAAGAUGGAGCAGGGGGAAAUGUCUCUGGAAGGUUUCGGAAAAAGGGUAUCUUCCGACGGGACCUACCCUCCCGAGGUGGCUGCUCCCCCUGAGGGUGGGGCACCCACCCCUGUGGGGUCUGGUGCUCUCCUGGAGGGAGUCGAUACUGUUGUUGUGACAACUUCGGCCCCAGAUGCUGUGUUUGCCUCCUGGUCCAGAAUUGCAGGCAGGGCUGGCAAGAUGGAGACCGUGGAAUCACCACAGGAGGCCCACGGUGUCAGGUGGUGUGUGGUCCAUGGAAAAAGUCUGCCUGCAGACACAGAAGGUUGGGUUCACUUGCAAUUCCAUGCAGGACAAGCCUGGGUGCCUGAAAAACGGGGAAGAGUAUGUGCCCUGUUCUUGCUACCGGCCUGCAAUUUUCCACCCCCACACUUGGAGGACAAUAUGCUGUGCCCCAAAUGUGUUCGGAGGAAUAAGGUGUUAAUGAAAAGCCUCCAAUGAGCUCGCAGUACCAGGAAAAGAGGUACGGCGGUGAUUAUGAUUACUGGUAGAAAGGGAACUACAAGCAACUCCGCAGUGCCACUGAUGGGGGAACUGCAGGCUGCUCCACACCCUCCAUCUUCCUACC